AUGCCCACGAUCCCCAUACUCCGUCGGUUUACUGCACCUUGGAAUCAUUUUCAGCCUCAAGGCAAAGUUCUCCUCAAGCGUUUCCAUACUCAGCUGAAAGGAAACGAUAGACAAGACGCAGUUGUCCGGAAGAACCCAAAGAAGGCCUUGAUUAUCGGAAUUGGAUAUGAGAAGGGAAGCGGGAUCGACAAGCUUCCCAACGCCCAUCGUGACGCGAAAAUGUGGAGUGAGCUUCUGAAACGCAAGUACGGUUUCGACAAGCGGCAUAUCGUGAUGAUGCUCGACGAUGGCCAGGAUCCAUGGCUGCAACCCACGAAGGCCAAAAUAUUGCGCGAGAUCGAGCAUCUGGUUCAAGGAGUCGAGGCGGGCGACGAAUUGGUCUUCUAUUACUCGGGACACACCGGCCAAGUCGAGACAGAUGAUACGGAUGAAGACGACGGCCUGAAUGAAGUCCUCAUACCCUUGGACCACGAAGGCUACAUCGAGCCCGGAAAUAUGGACAAGCUCAUCGUAGAUAAUGACUUGCGAACGAUGCUCGUCGACAAACUACCUAUCGGAUCUAAGCUUACUGCGGUCUUCGACUCCUGCCAUUCGGGAACGCUCCUGGAUCUGGACCACUACUUAUGCAAUGAAGUAUACCAGCCGUUUUUAUGUCGCACGCCAAGUCAGCAGAAGUCCAGGUGGAUGGCCGUCAAGCGGAAGGACGCUUGUGACGUGUCCGCCGAUUGGGAGGUACGGGAAGGACAGGCUGUCCCUCGCCCUGUCGUCAGAGGUUCCACCGGUAGCAGAGAAGGAACGAGGAUACACCAACGUCUGCGCGAGUCUUCGGAGAAGAUCUCAUGUGUUGAUACCUCGCUUACGCGGCUUCCCAACGGCGACAAGGGGGAAAGACGCUUUCAAUUAUACACCUCAGAGCACACGUCCACACAUACUGCACAACGAGCGAACUCACCAGUGACUCCCUCUGCUCAUCAUGUCGGGACUACCGAGCAGACUGCUCGGACGGACACUCGACAGAGUGAGCAAGCGACGCGAACGACGAAGCGGGCGAGUGUACAGAUACGGCAAACCUCUGGCCAGACAGAGACUACGGAAUGGACAAAGCGCACCGCCAGCCGUCAGAACUCUCUCACCUCUGUCAUGAGCUAUCUAGGCCUACGCAG